GGAAUAAUGAAGAAAGAAUAAAAAUAAUUGACAUGAGGAUUGUAAAAUGUAUCAAUGAAAUACAAAGAUCCAUCAGGUGUGCAAAACUUAUCGAGGAUAUUUUUUCUAUAACAUAUCUAAUCCAAUACGUAAUUUUGACGGGCAUUUUGACUGGAGUUUUGUAUACUUUACUAUUGCUUGACACCGUACUGGAAUAUAUCGUUUUUGGGACAAUAUUAAGUUUAAUACUUCUUGAUCCAUUUUGCUUGUGUUGGUUCAGUCAGUCCUUUAGUGAAGACCUUCUAAAGUUGAUACCAGUGAUUUUUCAAAUGGAUUGGAAAAAUUAUCCGCCUUAUUUAAGAAGGAAACUUGUUUUUAUGAUGGCAAGAUUGGAAAAACCAGUAACUCUUACGCUUGGAAAUAUGAUAAAGGUUAAUCUGCAGUUUUAUGUAAAUGUAAGUUUAAUGUAAUCGUUACAUUGUAAUGUAAG